AGUCGCCUGGUCCUGAUAAGUAUGGAUUUCCUGUAGCCGUGCGCAUAAAAAGAUCUCCUUCCUCUGAGCUGUCGUCAAGUACCCGGUAAGGAUCAGGUAUGGGUGUCCAUCUGGGUGCAGUCGGGGCAGCUAACUGGAGUUCACAGUUUUCAGGAGAGUACGGAGUUACCGUUGCCGUAACGGGCAAAACGAAAAGAGCGAGCAAAAUUAUCACGCCAGCACCACUGCCUGCGAGGACAUGACAUGAAGAGAACGAGAGGUUAAUGGCCUGAGGUCAACAGUUCGCGGUGCGGAUAAUGCGAAUGCGUUUGUGUUCUGAGGAACGUACUUAUGCUGUGGGAGCAAAGCUGUCGAAGCGACACUCGAAUUUGGCCUCCGCACAUCACGUAUCGUGGCGACGUCUUUCUGAAAAAGGGCGGUGCGAAAUCUGAGCUUUUCUCCAAGCAAGGUCACCGCCGAUUCUAGCCGAGAGGGUGAGAACGGGCUGAGCAAAUAUGAUACCCAAGGUAUUCAUUAUACGAAGGUACAUAUUAUAUAUACGUACGAAGCAAGGUAUAUAUACCUUCGUACCUUCAUAUAUGUACGUACGUACGUACCUUUAUAUUUAUUAUUACUUAUUAUUUUACUUCAUUCGUACGAACGAAGAAAUGACGACGCGGUCGGCUGGUUCGGGACGAAGUUUUAGACGAUUUGGUCGAUGCAGCUUCGAUGAAGAAGUGCACAUAUAUAUAUAUAGUUUAGAUGUGAAGCUGAAUUUUCAUCGACGGUCGGUCAACUUCGACGUCGACCACCGCCUCCUAAGAAGACGCGUUUGCGUCGUGCUUCCUUCAGAAGUGGCGUGCGUGUGA